AUGGCGGUUCGCAAGCACAAUGAGUUUCUCGACACAAAUCUGAGCGAGGACGACGAGAAUGUUAGCAGUUCUUCUGAAGCUGCCGCAGACAGCAGGACAGCAGGAUUAGCCAGCCAUCACUCCAAAAGGCAGAAGCUCACCGUCGAGCACUCCGAUUCCGACGAGGAGACCGACAAUGAUACUCAAGACGAUGCCGCCCCAACCACUAGCCCUGCAUUCCCCAAAAAGCCGUCACGAUCCUCCGCCGCAUCAACUACAAAGCCUACAGAACCAAUCUCCACGGACCCUCCUACCGAGUUCGCCGAAAAGCGGAAACCCCUCACAACCUCAGCCGUUGCAGCCGCAAACAAACGCGCCCACAAAGCAGGCGUCAUCUACCUCUCCCGCAUCCCCCCCUUCAUGCGACCCUCCACCGUCCGCACCCUCCUCUCAGCCCACGGCACCAUAACCCGCCUCUUCCUCACCCCCGAAGCCCCCUCCAACUACCUCUCGCGCCGCAAAGCCGGCGGCAACAAAAAACACAGCUACGUCGACGGCUGGGUCGAGUUCUCCCGGAAACGGGACGCCAAGGUCUGCGUCGAGGCGAUCAACGGGCAGAUUGUGGGCGGGAAGAAGGGGGGCUGGUAUCGGGAUGAUGUGUGGAACGCGAAGUAUCUGAAGGGGUUUGGAUGGGGGGAUUUGAUGGCGGGGGUGAGAGGGGAGGAGAGGGAGAGGGAGGAGAGGGUUCGAGUUGGGGUGGGGAGGGAGGGGAGGGAGAGGGCGGAGUUUUUGAGGAAUUUGGAAAGGGGGAGGGUGGAGGAUACGAGGAGGAUGAAGAGGGAGAGGAGGGCGAAGAGGGAGGGGGGUGGGAAGGAGACGGGGUUAGCGAAGGAAAGGGAGAAGACGAGUGGGUUUGAGAGGAGAUUCAGGCAGAAUGAGGUUAAAGGGAGAGAGGAGAAGGGGGUGGAGCAGUCGGAUGAGACUAGGAGGGUCUUGAGUAGGAUAUUUUGA